GGAUGCUGUUCAUUUGAGUGAGACAUAAAUUAUUGACAACAUGGCAGGAGGGACUGGUGUUAACACAGUUAAAAGGCGUGUUGCCCUGCUGGAGUCGAUGUGCUCCAUGAGCGACGACUAUGCGGAAGACGACCAGAAAGUCAAGUUUGAAAUGAUCCCAGAUAAAUUUCACAGCCUCAAGGACGUUUCCGACGCCAUAAAAAACGUCGGCGUUAAGGAAUGCAGCCUGAUAUUUGGUAUCGAUUACACGAUGAGCAACCAAAUGCAGGGAAAGAAGACGUACGAUGGCCUGUCCCUCCACGACAUCCAGCCGUCCAGGUCCAAUCCUUACCAGGAGGUAAUCUGUAUUCUCGGAGAAACUCUUGAACCUUUUGAUGAUGACGGGAUCAUUCCGGCGUACGGCUUUGGGGACAGGACAGUUAAAGACAAGAGUGUAUUUCCGAUCAAAAAGAACGGUGACUGUGACGGUUUUAUGGAGGUCUUAAAGCAAUACACAGAUGUGACACCCACAAUCAAGCUUGGAGGUCCGACCAACUUUGCCCCCAUCAUACGGCAGGCUGUGGAUAUCGUCAAGGAAAAACGACAGUACCAUAUUUUGGUGAUAGUCGCAGACGGCCAGGUGACAAACGAAGAGGAGACCAUCAAGGCAAUAGUUGAGGCAUCCGAGUUCCCACUCUCAAUCGUCGUCAUUGGUGUAGGGGACGGACCGUGGGACAUGAUGAAGGACUUUGAUGACAACCUCCCGGAGCGAAAGUUUGACAAUUUCCAGUUUGUGGGGUUUCACCAGGCGAAGCAAGGCGUGCGGAACCCCGAUGUGGCAGUGGCGCUUGCCGCCCUAAUGGAAAUCCCCGACCAGUACAUGUGCAUUAAGAAGCUGCGUUUAAUGGAAAAACUAUUGUGAAAUCAUAGCCUGUGAAUAUUUUUGGAAAAUAUGUCGCAACCAUGUCUCCUGAAGAAAAAUUUAUAUUUAAAGUCCAUUAAGUUUGGUGAUGUAAACUUUAUUUAUAUGUGUAUCCAAACGACUUCUCUCAAUCCAUUUGACAUUUUAAUCCCAAGAAUGAUAAAAAUAUUGAUUGCAAUUACAAAAUGCAACAUAACCGGAAGUUUAAUCUUAAUUUAGCGCACACAACGUCAUUGCGAAAUGUAUAUCACUUGACUUUCUAAUAAUAACCAACCACGCGUUUUUGAAAAAAAAUGCGUUGCUACCGCGGGCGAGAUUGCUUCAUCGCGGAAAAUCGUUGGCUAAUUUCCGAGUUAGCCAACGCGUACCGCGUAUCGCUGCGAAUAGGCGUAUUACGAUAUGCAGGUUUUUAAACAUGCAAAGAUGGUACAAAUAGAAGAUUUACAUGUGAAUUGAAGCUGACAAUAGCGUCUGAAUACUUUCUCAGCUGCAUUCUAGCAUUAAUUUCAGGGGUCAAACUAUAUUUUGAGUGCGAAUCAAGAUCUGUGGAUUACGGGUCGAGUUUGUAUCAGUUUAGUUAACCUGACAUAUGUAUAUGAUGGGAAAAAAUGGAAAAGCUUUCAGACAAUUGACAGCUACCGUAAUUACCGUUAGUUAACAGUUUGAAACGACGCGUAUCGCGGUGACUCGAGGGGUUGGAAAUUAUAGCUAUGAACGCGGUGGACACUAUGCUUCAAUCGCAGCGUAAAGUUAUAAUUAGAUUAAAAAGAUAACAUCCGUGGCAAAGAACAUCGCGGCGAUGUACGAAAUAUACAAAAAACACGUGGUUGGUAUGGUUCUAUGAUGCCUUAAUAUUUUUUAUUUGCAUUUUUUAACUCAGAAUCUUGGUUUAAAUAAAAAAACACACAAACUAA